AUGUGGACUGAAAACAUGCCUGGCUGGCUGGAAAACCAGCAGCGCAACCCCACGACACCUGCUACACUCACCGUCCUCCUUCUCCUCUCCUUCCUCACCCUCGCCAUCGGCAGCACCCUCCUCACAGCCUUCACCUGCCCCGUCCGCUCCCUACCUGGACCAUGGUACACAGCCUUCACCCACCUCGUGCUCAAAUACCACAUCAUCGCAGGCCGCCGUAUCUACUACGUCGACGCCCUCCACGCUAGAUACGGCCCCAUCGUCCGCAUCACCCCCUCCGAAGCCUCCAUAGCUGACCCAGCUGCCGCGCAGGCCAUCCACAAGCCCGGCAGCGGUUUUACCAAGUCCGCCUGGUACGAGAUGCUCGUGACAGCCGGCCGACCCGAACUCGCGGCGCGCAUCGGCGUGUUUGCGCUACGCGACCCAGCACGCCAUGCCGUACGGCGUAAGUUAUUUGCGCGGCCGUUCAGCCUGUCGAGCCUGCGGGAGAAUAUGGAGGGUGUGGUGAGGGAGAGGGGGGAGCUUGCAGUGCGGCGGAUCCGGGAGGAGGCUGCCGGUAGUGGUGCCGGUGGGGUGGCGGAUGCGCUGAAGUGGUGGACGCUCAUGGCGACGGAUGUUAUUGCGCAGUUUUGCUUUGGGGAGAACUUUGCGUCGUUGGAUGUUGGCAAGCAAACGCCUUUUAUCGAUGCCCUCCAAAGGAUGCUCAUCUGCAACUUGCUGCUGGGCGAGUUCCCUCUGCUGAACUGGGUCGGCCCGUAUCUGCCCAUUCGAUCUAUCCAGCGCCUCUUCGAAGCAGAUCGCAUUGUGUUCGACCAUGGAUCUAUAGCCAUCAAAAACAUGCGCAGCGCUUCUGGAAACAUGCGCAGCCUCUUCGGCCAGGCCCUCGUCCAAGCCGACAGCGCCGAACAGAGCCAACUCACCGACGACACGGUGCGCCACGAGGCGGCCAACCUCAUUCUGGCCGGCGCAGACACGACGGCAUUGACACUGACGUACCUCCUCUGGUCUGUGCUCAAGCGCCCCGACCUGCGGGCUGCGCUCGAGGAGGAGGUCGCGGGGCUCAGCGGAGGGUUGACCCACGAGGAGCUGGUAGAUGCCAGGCUGCUGAACAGCAUCAUCGACGAGACUCUGCGUCUGUACACCCCUGCACCCAGCGGGCUGCAGCGUGAUGUCCCGGCUGGGGGCCAGACGCUUUGUGGCAUGUACAUUCCGGCGGGCGUUGUGGUGUCCACGCAGGCGUACACGCUACAUCGAGACCCAAAGGUCUUUGAAGAUCCGCUCGACCAGCGACAGAAGGCUUCCCUUAUGCCCUUUGGCGCGGGGACGCGUCUCUGUCUUGGCAUCCACCUCUCCAUGAUGGAGCUCCGCAUCGCCACAGCUCUGUUCUUCAGGAAGUGCCGCGGUGCGCGGUUGGCUGCCGACAUGACGGACGAGAAGAUGGUGAUGGUCGAACACUUUCUCGUUGCGCCGAAGGGGCAUUGUUGUCAUAUUGUCCUUUCCUGA